CGCGGGCGGGAUAGAAUCGACAGGGAUGCUGUCCCGACAUAGUCGUGAUUCUAAAACUUCUGGACAAGAGCACAAGACUACGGCGUCCAUUGAACUGCAAGCCCGCCAUCAUGCGUCGCGCACAGGGGCUCCGAGUCUCUUCGACUCGCGACAUCUGCACCUUCUGCGCCACUCGACAGUUGGCCGCUGCGAACGCGCCAUCGACACAGCGGAGAUACCUGAAUUCAUCGAGUCGAGCGCUGGACGCCGAAGCGCAGCUUCAGAAACCCCACCAUGCACAUGCACCUGCUGCACGACCGCUCACGCAGGCGGAGAGGAUGCGAAGGGCGCUGGCCGCAUCAGUAGCACCACCUGCAGCCUCGCCACCAUCCUCUCACAGUGGCUACGCAUCGCCCGCGCCAAGAUUAAGAGGUAUCACAGGAUUGCAGGAGUCAAGGUCACAAAGUCCAGCGUAUCGGCAACAGGUGCAGGACCGACGCGCACCGAUUCGAAAUGUCGGGUUUGAUAGUACGGGGCGGGAUCAGAGGUCUGCCCCCAUAACUCAAAGACCAGGCCUCGAUUUCCGUUCCGAGUCAAGGCCUACGCAGCGAGAUCGCUUUAGGGUGAAUAUGAAUGCAAGGCCUCAGUUCGACAUGCCGGCCUUCGGCUCAGAGCACCUAAGAAGGAGGGACGAGCCCCAGGCCAAUCCUGUGCAAGAACAGCAGGGACUACAGGGAAAACCAGUUGUGCGUGCGGCACCGAGCAGAGGGAGGCUGGAUCAGUCCGAAUUAGACAAGCUGCUGGGCAACACCAGUCGACCUUCGAGACCAUUCCAGCCGCUCGCAAGGAACCCCAACGCGCAACGAAAGUGCUUCAACUGCGGUUCUACAGACCAUAUGAGCUCUGCUUGUCCAAACAAACCCACGUUCCGUGAAAGACCACAGCCUCAGAAAUCGACACCAAGUAGGAUGACAACGUAUCAACCAGCGCAAAGCAGCCGACCAACCACAUACCAGCCCACACAGGCCGUGAACGAGACAUUGGCAGAUGCUGCAAAUGAAUGGGCGAGCAAAAGAGGGUCUGAGCUAGAUGCAGAGGUUAAGAGCUACACGGUGGAAGAAAACCAAGACAGCAAACGCCGCGAUGCUGAGAAGGAGCGGAGACGAAGGAAAUUUGACCUAGAUGGCGAGCCAACAGAAGUACGUAAUCGCUACGAACAGCCCGAGCGCCGCAAAGGUGGCUUGCGAAACAACAGACGUGUGAUGCGAGAAGAAGAAGACGAAGGGCAAGAACGUCACGUUAACAAGAAGGAGCUGAAGCGCCUCCGUAAAGAGGCAAAGCAGGCUGCGCGGUUGGAAGCUGGACCAAUACCUAUCACCUUGCCCGAAUACAUCAGCGUUGCCAACUUAGCAGGAAUGCUAAGGUUAAGAGUGGAAGAUUUUGUCACCAAGCUGGAGGACCUUGGUUUCGAGGAUGUCCAGGCCACGCAAAUUCUCAACGCCGAGCAUGCAGGCCUAAUCGCGCAAGAGUACAAUUUCGAACCUACUUUCCAAAGCGAACAUGAAGAUGGCGAUCUCUAUCCUGCUCCUGAGCUGACCCCUGAAGAGUUAGCCGAGCUACCUAUAAGACCGCCGGUUGUCACAAUUAUGGGCCAUGUCGACCACGGAAAGACCACAAUUCUGGACUAUAUGCGCUCGACAAGCGUGGCGGCAGGCGAGUUUGGCGGCAUCACACAGCACAUUGGUGCUUUCAGCGUUCCCCUAGCCAAUGGCAAAAAGAUCACAUUCCUUGAUACACCUGGCCACUCCGCUUUUGAAACAAUGCGCGCGCGCGGUGCCAAUGUCACUGACAUUGUAGUGUUGGUAGUCGCAGCCGACGACUCCGUCAUGCCGCAGACAGUCGAAGCCAUCAAGCAUGCUGAAGCGGCGAGAGUCCCUAUAAUUGUCGCAAUCAACAAGAUCGAUAAACCGCAGGCCGAUCCUGAUGCCGUCAAGCUUGACCUUGGUCGUCAUGGCAUCGAGGUUGAAGAUUACGGCGGAGACGUGCAGGCUAUACCCGUGAGUGGCAAGACUGGAGAGGGUAUACCCGAUCUCGAAGAAGCUAUCUCGACACUAUCCGAACUGCUCGACCACCGUGCCAACUUCGAAGCCAAUGUGGAAGGCACUGUCCUCGAAGGCACGACCAAAAAGUCCGGACGUGUUGCCACUGUGCUUGUUCGUAGUGGUACGUUGCGCCAGGGCACGGUACUUGUCGCAGGAAAUACGUGGGCACGUGUCCGCACUCUCCGCAACGAAAACGGGGUUGCGCUCACAGAGGCUGGUCCGGGCAUCGCUGUUGAAGUAGACGGCUGGCGCGACCAGCCUAUUGCUGGCGACGAAGCACUGCAAGCUGCGGACGAACAGCAAGCAGCUGCCGUUUCCCAACUGCGCACCGAGAAGCUGGAGCGUGAGCAGUUGGCCAAGGAUAUGGAAGCCAUCAACAUUGCGCGCCGCGAAGAAUCCGAGCGCCGCGAGGCCGAAGAAGCCAUGAAGAAAGCCAUCGAGAGCGGUGAGGAUGUCACUGAAACCAAGAAAAAAGAUAAGGGUCCCGAGAUUGUAUCCUUCAUCAUCAAGGGCGAUGUGUCCGGCUCAGUUGAAGCGGUCAUCGACUCGGUCAGCGCGCUCGGCAACGCAGAAGUCAGCACGCGCAUCCUGCGCCACGGCGUCGGCUCCCCCAGCGAAUUCGAUGUUCAGCACGCCGCCGACGCCUCAGGCCACAUCCUCAACUUCAACACGCCCGUCUCCGCGCAAGUCGCCAAGCUUGCAGAGGAAAGGGGCGUUAUCAUCUUCAACAGCAACAUCAUCUACCGCACCGUCGAGAUGGUGCGUGACCUGCUCAGCGAGAAGCUGCCACUCGGCAUCACCCAGAAGGUCACUGGCGAGGUUGACAUCACCACCAUCUUCAACAUCGGGCUCGGCGGCCGCAAGACGAAGAAAUUCGCGGGCUCAAAGGUGCGCAACGGCCUGGUGGAGCGCGGGUCCAAGGCGCGGGUGCUCCGCGGCGACACGGUGAUCCACGAUGGUAUUCUUGAGAAUAUCAAGAGCCACAAGAAAGACGUCGAGUCUAUGCGCAAGGAUGGUGAGUGCAUCAUCUCGUUCAAGGACUGGACGGAGUUUGAGGCUGGUGAUAAGAUCCAGACUUAUGAGGAGUCGACGCACAAGAGAACGUUGUAAGAUACCAUGUUUAUAGGUACAGUUGUGGGAAGGUAUGCAUAUACCACGGCGUUGUAUGAUGUGUAGAUACUAUGAAUUAGAUACAUGUAUUAUACUAAUAUAAGACUCAAGCAAAAGGCACGCGGGUUGGUGCGCUUGGAUGCAACAGCAUC